CCCACCAACGCCGCACAAGGGUUCCAGUUUUUCCAUUCUCGUCCACACUUGUCAGUUUCUGGUUUUUGCCCAUAGCCAGCCUAAGGGGUGUGAGGUGACAGCCCAUGGUUUUGAUUUGCAUUCUCUAAAGAUUAGUGGUACUGAGCAUCUUUUCAUACGCUUAUUGGCUUAGCCUGCCCUUUUUAAACAGUAUUUAGUUAGAUUUUCUUUACAGCGUUUUUGAGGAGCCUUUUUCUUUAUAGGUACUUGUGGUAAAAAUGAAAACUCAAGUGAAUUGAUGUAGAUUUUGAGGGAUUCUCCCACGUACAUGUGCUGGGGGAGCUUAUUUCUGAAGAGACCAUUUAGAAGGGGGAGCUCCUUGUGAAAAGUGGGCACACCCCCGCUCCCACUCCCCCUCUUCCUUUGCAUUCAUCCCAGAAAGCCAUGUUACCCUUUGCGGGUUGUUUAAAGAGUUGAUAUAGUUCAAGUGCGUGUGACGACUGUCACCCUGUAGACUUGAAAUGUAAGAAUUGAAGCCACCCAGUGCCUCUAAAAGAGGGGCCAUCGGUUGUCUUCUCUGUUUCUUUACAAGUAAUCCAUGCUUAUCACUGAUUUAGAAAAUACAGCCUGCAGGAGAAAUGAAAAGUCAUCUGACUGCCUGUCACCCCAUCACUGUCACAUGGAUGUGGUGUUAGAAACGGGGUCAUUCGUGCUCACUCCUGCAGCCUGCUUUUUUCACUCGGCAGCUGUGUGGAACAGCGUUCUCUGGCCACACCAAUGUCACCCAUGCCAUGCGGCUCCUUAGCCGUCCCUGGGACGAGUUGAGUGCCGUGGUCUGAGGAGGUGAUGUCGGCACUUCUUCACGACCCCUGCAUUGAUUGAAAGCAGUAGCUCACCCACUCCUGUGCAUUCCAGUUUGGACAUCUCCCUCCCAGCCUCGCUGCCUAAGGUGGAAUUGUAGCAGGCGUCCUCCGGCAGGAGAAGCACCUUCACUUCACUUCUCUGCAGGAUGAGCUGCAGGUUGGUAGUUUCAGUGCUCUGUUCCGAAAUGGAGCCGGCAAGGAGCUAUCUCAUCACUGCCUGUUCUGCGGUGGCACCAGGCUGAAAGCGAUUCCAGCUUCCGGAGAAGAAAUGCACGUUACACACCCUCUGGGACAGGGAGGCUGCCUCGCCCCUUCAGCUGGAUGCUUCCCAGAGACCCCUCCUUUUUCUGAAGCCUGAAUUUGGGGACUGUAGCUCGCACUGCCCACACGAGUGCGAGCCAAUCUCGAAGUGUUUUUCCUGCGUCCAUUUUGGUAGGUGUGGUUUGGAACCUUCGAGAAGGAAUGUUUUCACUUGCCUCAGUGGGUCAGCUCCUCACCUGGGGGAAGGUCAGUUGGAGAUUCGGGAAAGGCGUGAACUGGAUCCUUUGCUGCCCCCUAAAAUGUGCAGUGUGGGGGGCGGGUAGGGUGGGCGGCCCUGUGAACUCGCAGCCCUUGGCUAACAGUUAACCUGAAAUGCAACUCUGGGUUUGCCAGGACUGCUGGGAGCCCAGAAGCUUCUGGAAUCUUUAGCUCCACUUGGCCCUGAGGCUCCUGCCUUGAUGGGCUGGCCCUUCAGCUGCUCCGUGAGGCUGGAGCUCUGUUCCCUCGCUGCAUGGACCAGCUUCCUUAGCUCAGAAAGAGUGAGGGGUUCGUGCCCAGCACAGCUGCUCCGGCUUCUCUGUAGCCCCCCCACCGGCUUCCCCGUUCACUGGCAGGUACUGGGUUGCUUUUGGCCGCUGGGUGGGAGGAGGGGCAGGAAUUAGGUGGCUCUGAGCCAGUCCGUGUGCCCACCCCGGGGCAUGCAGCUCACCCUUAACCGCUCAGGCCUGCUGCCUGAGACACGUGGUGAUUUGUGAUGGGGAUAACCGUAAAACUUAACCCCGAUUACAGGCGCGUGUGGAGUGUGCCUGGCUCACAUCUCAGCCCAGCUGGUAGCGGCCUGGCACCCCGAGGAGACAGGGCAGGGACAUGGGUGUGUGUUGGCUGGGGGUACGGUGAUUUCUUGGGAUUGGCUUGGUGCAGAGCUGGACGUGCCUGCCAGUGUCCAGCAGCUCUGUUUUGGAGAGCUCUUCGGGAGAAAGGAGCUUGGUUUGGGCUGAGUUGUUUUCCCCAACAGGAAUCCUUCCAGCCUGUGAGCUCUGGGGCAGCGCGGUACUGAGCCCUCUGCCCGCAGCUGCUGCCCCUUGUCACUUUCACAGUUGGAAAAACUUCCCUGGGGAAGUUCAGUCACGUGCCAAGUCCACCGUGGCAGACCUGAACCCAGACAUCCUGCUGCCCCCGAGCUUGGGGCCCCUUCCAUCCAGGGCCUAAAUUCCAUCCUGUAACCAGCUUUUACCUUCCUUUGCCUGGAGGCUCAUGCCUGGUUCUAGAAUCCUACCUAGGAAGCAGGCACUGUGAGCCUCUUCAUGCAGCGUUUGGGGAAACCGAGGCAUCAAGAAGUUCCCCCAAACUUUGAGGGUCAAAAAUCGAACAAAAGUGGUUUGACUUGGAGCCUUCUCUCUUCCCUCCUCACCCCCCAGCCACUUUGCUGCUUCUCUUCCAGAAAGGAGCUAAAAGAGGAUGUGUUUCUUUCCUCCCGUCUCAUCCUCGGGGCUCCUCCACCCAAAGUUUCCAGGUCGCACACAGACGCUGAGCAAUUCUCUAAACUGAUUGAUGACUCCAGAGCACAGGGGUCUGGGGCAGAGUUCAGUGUCAGGGACAGUGUAUGUCCCCAUACAUGCCGGCGUCUCCUAGGGUUCGGGGCCCAGCUCUCAUCCAGUGACCCCUCUGAAGGACGCCCACAGACUUGAGGGACCUCAUCAGGUAAUCCAUCCAUCCGUGCAGGGGGGCCCCCCAGGUCACCUGGCCAGGUAUGUAUAAAGGCCCAAACAGGACAGGUGGUAUUUGGGCCCUUCUCCUAGAAAUUGCUUUUUUAUAAAUACAGGCCUGGUUUUCACCUCUGUUUAUUUAUCCAGGCCUCUCAGGUUGUGACUUCCUGAUGAUGUUAUAGUCAACUGAAAGUUCUGAGUCGCCAACUUAAAUCCUUAGGAGAGCGGAGGGCAGUGUGUGUGUGGUUGAGAGGCCUUUACAUAGAGCUUCCUGCAGCCGUGCUAGGCUUUUGUUCUCUUGCACUUGGGCUGAGCACUUCUGUUGCUUGUUUUAUAAUAAAUAGAAAAGCUUGUAUUUUUUUCCCUUCUGGCUGGCAAUGGAUGUAGGGGGACUUUCAGCGGAGAAGGAGGGAGGGACCUGGAGAAGGGGGCUCAUAGAGGCCAGGCCAGGUGACCAAGGUCAACAUCACCAGUAUUAAGUCCUGUUGACAGUACGUGCCCUUGAUACGGUGUGAUGAGGGUACUUCACCUCUGCCCCCUUCCUCCCCUGAAUCCACAAACCUAGUCUCACCAUGAAAAAAACCAUCAGACACAUUCCAGCUGAGGGACACUUACAAGCUACCUGCCUGGUCCUGCUCAAAACUGUCAAGGUCGUUGAAAACAAAGAGCGUCUAUGGAAUUGUCACAGCCCAGAGGAGCCUCAGGAGACAGGGCUGAAUGUCAUGUGGCACUUGGAUGGGAUCCUGGAGCAGAAGAAGGACAUUAGGGAGAAACUAAGGGAAUCUGAACAAAGGACGGACUUUAGAUCGUAAUAACGUGUCAUCCUCAUUCGUUGGCGAACGGGCUGUCCUAGUGCACGAUUUAAUCAUUGGGAAAUUAGGUGUUGGUUGGCGUAUGGGAAUGCCCUGUGCUAUCUUUUCUGUAAAUCUAAACCUAUUCUGAAAGAAAGUUUAUUUUAGAAAAGAGACAAAACAGCGGAAGGGAAGGCCAGUGGGUGGCAGGGAUUCCAUGGCACGGCUCUCAGGCCAGGAAUGGCCCUCUGCUCUUGCAUCUGCUUUACACAGUGACCGCAGCUGGUGUCCGGAGGGUGCCCUGCAGUGCCGGCCAGUGGUACCGGCCGCCCCCUGCCAGGGAGAAGCCCAGGCCUCCACACCCGGGCUAGUAGCUGCCUUUUCUGCCAAACAUGGUGCCCAGCCCCCUCGAGGUCAGGCCAUGGCCUGUCUCUUCUGGCCAGCGUGUUCUUUGUUCUCUCCUGGACCAGACUUUGAACGGUGAGCUGCUCUCCCAGCCAGCGAGGCAGCCGGCUUCCAAACACAAACACAGGUCAUCUCUGCCAGGUGAACUUGAGAAAGGCAGCAGAGCAGCGGGGACAAUGGGCCUGUUUAUAAACUGCUCUCAAAUUCAGAAUGUGGAGCAUUAGGCUGGCGGUGGGAGUUGCGGUGGUGACCGAGGGUCCCCCUAAUCCUGUUAGCGGCUCAGGGGUUGAUGCACGGAAAAUGGCAUGAGAUGGUGAGACUGUCUCUCCUCCGAAGAUGGCUGAUGAAAGUAUGCACGGCUGCAUCGAGGCAUCCGCUCCUUUAGAUAUUCUCUGCUGAUGUGCAUCUUCCUCCUCUGGACAGAAGGCCGGGCCGUGGGACUGGUCCUCUGACGUCGCUGGGCCCGGUUGCAGGAUGCUGUCAGCCUUAAUUUAGUCCCGCCUACAGGGGAGGAGUCAGAGGAGGAAGACUCUGGUGAUAAAGGAUCAGGAAGAAGCACAUUGCAGAGCUGAUGCCGUAGCGCAGCAUGGUUGCCUGAGACAGAAGCUUCAGCAAUUGCUGGAAUAACUGGAGGGGAAAUAUGAAACCUUAGCCGUUCACCCGGCAAGAGAGUUUCAAGAUGGCAGCUCAGCGCAUCCGAGCUGCCAACUCCAGCGGCCUCCCGCGGUGCAAGUCCGAGGGGACCUUGAUUGACCUGAGUGAAGGGUUUUCAGAAACAAGCUUUAAUGAUGUCAAAGUGCCUUCUCCCAGUGCCUUGCUAGUAGACAAUCCCACGCCCUUUGGAAAUGCAAAGGAAGUGAUCGCAAUCAAGGACUACUGCCCAACCAACUUCACCACCCUCAAGUUCUCCAAGGGCGACCACCUCUACGUCCUGGAUACGUCAGGCGGGGAGUGGUGGUACGCACACAACACCACGGAGAUGGGCUACAUCCCUUCCUCUUACGUGCAGCCCUUAAACUACCGGAACUCCACCUUAAGUGACAGUGGGAUGAUCGACAAUCUUCCAGACAGCCCGGACGAAGUAGCCAAGGAGUUAGAUUUGCUCGGAGGAUGGACAGAUGACAGGAGGGAGUCGAGCAAAACCUACAGUAAUAAUCCUUUCUGGAACGGUGUCCAAACAAACCCGUUUCUCAAUGGGAAUGUGCCAGCGCUGCCCAGCGUGGACUUACCGACUCCCCAAAGCACCGUGGACUUGCUCCUCUUUGAUACGGGCACAUCUUCGUUCACCGAGUCCAGCUCAGCGACGACCAACAUCUUCGACGAGCUGCCGGCCACCAGCCGCCUUCACGCGGAACCGACGGUCAGGCGGGACAACCCUUUCUUCCGGAGCAAGCGUUCCUACAGCCUCUCGGAACUCUCCGUCCUCCAAGCCAAGUCCGACACUCCCGCAUCCUCGGGGUUUUUCACGGGCUUGAAAUCGCCGGCCCCCGAGCAGUUCCAGAGCCGGGAGGACUUCCGGGCUGCCUGGCUGAGCCACCGGAAGCUGGCCCGGUCUUGCCACGACCUGGACUUGCUGGGCCAAAGUCCCGGCUGGGGCCAGACCCAAGCGGUGGAGACGAACAUCGUGUGCAAGCUGGAGAGUUCGGGGGGCGCCGUGCAGCUUCCCGACACCAGCAUCAGCAUCCACGUGCCUGAAGGCCACGUGGCUCCAGGGGAGACGCAGCAGAUCUCCAUGAAGGCUCUGCUGGACCCCCCGCUGGAGCUCAACAGCGACAGGUGCAGCUGCGUCAGCCCGGUGCUGGAGGUGAAGCUGAGCACCCUGGAGGUGAAAACCCACAUCAUCUUGGAGAUGAAGGUUUCAGCUGAGGUGAAAAGUGACAUUUUCAGCAAAAGCACAGUGGGCCUCCAGUGCCUGAGGAGCGACUCAAAGGAGGGGCCCUAUGUCCCCAUCCCACACACCUACAGCUAUGGGGACACGGUCCAGGCCCAGCUGGACAACCUGGAGCCCUGUAUGUACCUGGCCAUCGUUGCCCACGGCCCGAACAUCCUCUACCCUUCCACGGUCUGGGACUUCAUCAAUAAGAAAGUCACCGUGGGUCUCUAUGGCCCCAAACACAUCCACCCAUCCUUCAAGACGGUGGUGACCAUUUUCGGGCAUGAUUGUGCCCCCAAGACCCUACUGGUCAGCGAGGUCACCCGCCAGGCCCCGAGCCCGGCCCCAGUGGCACUGCAGCUCUGGGGCAAGCACCAGUUCGUCUUGCCCAGGCCCCAGGAUCUCCGAGUCUGCAUGUUUUCCAACAUGACCAACUACGAGGUCAAAGCCAGCGAGCAGGCCAAGGCCGUGAGAGGCUUCCAGGUGAAGCUGGGCAAGGUGAGCCGUCUCAUCUUCUCCAUCUGCUGCUCCAACGCCAGCGAGCUCUCCGACUUCACCUUGCGGGUCCAGGUGAAAGACGACCAGGAGGCCAUCCUGACCCAGUUCUGCGUCCAGACCCCACAGCCACCCCCGAAAAGUGCCGUCAAGCCAUCCGGGCAGAGACGGUUCCUCAAGAAGAACGAGGUCGGGAAGAUCAUCCUGUCCCCGUUUGCUGCCACCACCAAGUACCCGACUUUUCAGGACCGCCCUGUGUCCAGCCUCAAGUUCGGCAAGUUACUCAAGACGGUGGUGCGGCAGAGCAAGAACCACUACCUGCUGGAGUACAAGAAGGGGGACGACAUCGCCCUGCUCAGCGAGGAGAAGAUCCGGCUGAAGGGGCAGCUGUGGACCAAGGAGUGGUACAUCGGCUACCACCAGGGCAGGGUCGGCCUCGUGCACGCCAAGAACGUGCUGGUGGUGGGCAAGGCGCGGCCCAGCCUCCUCUCUGGGCCCGAGCUGAGCACGUCGCUGCUGCUGGAACAGAUCCUGCGCCCGUGCAAGUUCCUCACCUACAUCUACGCCUCCGUCCGCACGCUGCUCAUGGAGAACAUCAGCAGCUGGCGCUCCUUCGCCGACGCCCUGGGCUACGGGAACCUGCCGCUCACCUUCUUCUGCAGGGCCGAGCUGGACAGCGAGCCCGAGCGGGUGGCGUCGGUCCUGGAGAAGCUGAAGGAGGACUGCAACAGCACGGAGAACAAAGACCGGAAAUCCUUCCAGAAGGAGCUCAUGAUGGCCUUACUGAAGAUGGACUGCCAGGGCCUGGUGGUCAGACUCAUCCAGGACUUCGUGCUUCUGACCACGGCGGUCGAGGUGGCCCAGCGCUGGAGGGAGCUGGCUGAGAAGCUCGCCAAGGUGUCCAAGCAGCAGAUGGACGCAUACGAGUCUCCUCACCGGGACAGGAAUGGGGUGGUGGACAGCGAGGCCAUGUGGAAGCCUGCGUACGACUUUCUACUCACCUGGAGCCACCAGGUCGGGGACAGCUACCGGGAUGUCAUCCAGGAGCUGCACACUGGCCUGGAUAAGAUGAAAAACCCCAUCACCAAGCGCUGGAAACACCUCACAGGGACCCUGAUCAUGGUCAACUCCCUGGACAUCCUGCGAGCGGCCGCUUUCAGUCCCGUGGACCACGACGACCUCGUGAUUUGAACGGGUCUGCGACCUUCUGACGCCCUCCCAGAGGGCUGCUCCGGGGUGCGUGCCCUCUGUCUGCCCUGGAUGCCCAGGCGGGCACUUAGAGCUGGGGAGGGAGGGAAGGUCAGCUCAGACAGACCCAGGGUCCCUCCUGGCUGGAUCCACACCCAGGACCGAGCACACGCGAUGUUCCACCUGCCUCCUCUGUCACGGGAGAGACCUGGAGGGAAUUUCUACUGCAGGUUGUUGCCAAUCAAAUAGCUUUCUAUUUGUUAAGUAUAAAUUUAUAACUUUUUUUUAAAGUAUGGGGGGGCGUACGAGAAAGGUGGUAUCUAAUUUUUUAAUGGACCAUAAAGGUAAAAAAAAAAAAAAAAGAAAAAGAAAAUACUUCAUAGGGGCAGAUACUGUUGAGGUUUUUAUGUUCUAUAAAGACCUUUUUAAAUUAUGUUACAGAUGUAUAUAUGUAUUUAAGGGUCAUGGGGGCAUUUCUGAUUGCCGGAUUCUCUUUGCAUUUCAACACUUAGCACGGAAAGACACUCGUUCAGAUGUUGGACCUUUUUGCCUCUGUAAUUGUAAAAAAAAAAAAUAAGAAAGAAAGAAAUCAAAUAGGAAACGUGGUGUUUCAGUAAAUGAGUGUGGUCCGUGCGCAUUCUUUCUGAGGCUGUCCUAGGCCUGCGAUUCCCUGUGAUUUUUAUUACCUUCUGUACCUUGGCCUCGUGUUGCAGUAAAGGAAUGGCCACAGCACAGGGGAAGCUUUUUUGAGCUUUAGCAGGAGGAGUGAAAUCCAGCAGGAGCGAUUGGGUGCACUUGAGAUGAGAAGGCGGCGGGCAGGUGGCAUUGUCUACGGCCCCUGCCUGUGCGCCCUUAAUGCAAAAAAGAGCUACGCCAUGUGGAGAGAGGUGGCCCCUGCAGCUCUGAGAGGUCCUGCUUCUCCCCGGGGACAGGGGAGUGCUCACUGCAGAGCUCGAAGCCUCUCCUCUGGGCACGAAGAAAACGUCACCACAAGCACACCCUACGCUGACGCCCAGAGGUGCCUGCUGCCACUUGCCAAACUCUCUACUUCAUUCCACCUAAAACGUAACCCCUCUCCCCUCCCGGUAUGCCUGUCUCUCCUUGGAAAUAAAUAGCAUAGAGGAAUCUCUUUUUUUUAAACAAUAUGGAGAUUAUCUGAGCAGGAUGAAUGUCAUCUGAAAAUGUUUCCCACAUAAAAUCUGGGACUUGGCGGACUGUUGCAUUGAUAACCUUGAUGGUCGGAGAUCAAAUUGCGCUGAAUUCUACAAUUGCGUUGUGCGUGCAUCUCGGAAGGGAGUGAGGGACAGGGAUGAAGAAAUACGGGCAGAUCAACAGAGCUGAUCCCCAGGAAGGGGCCAGGAUAUGCGCUGUGCUUACAUGAGUGAUACUGGGCCAUCUGGGGUUCUGGCAUCUCAUUCUCUAAAUCUGCUUUCUGGAAACAUGCUAAUUACUUAGUAUAAUCAAUGUAAAUCCCUUACUGGGCUAAAACAUUCUUAUAUAUCUAUUGAUUCAAAUACGGAAGGCCAACUGACUAGAAAACAACAACAACAAUAAAAAAAAAACACUACAUGUUUUGUGCU